GAAGAAACCCACAGUGAGACAACCUUCAGCUCCCCAGCCGGAGAACACAAGCCUCGCUGAUUCUGAACUCACUGCUGCUGAGAAUUCAUCACAAUAUUUAAAGGUUGCGAGACGAGUCAAGAUGAAGGCAGAACUUCUCAGCGUUUCCGUCCUGCUCCUCUCCUACAUCUGCUUGAGUGAUCACAUUUGUACGUACUGCGCUCUCGUGGUCUGCUUGGUGGUCUUGGCGAACACCUUGCGCCAGACUGAAGAAGGCCUGUGGGAUGGUUUUGGCCGGGCAGUGCUGAUAACAGGCUGUGACAGUGGAUUUGGCUAUCACCUUGCAAAAAAACUGGACCUCAUGGGCUUCACCGUGUUUGCUGGAUGUUUGUGUCCUGAAGGUCCUGGAGCUCGAAGUCUUGUGGAGGAAAGCUCAAAGCGAGUGAAGAUCCUUCAGCUGGACGUGACCAAUGAGGAACAUAUCAGCUCAGCCAAGGAUUUUGUAGAAGCAAACUUGCCAGUGAAAGGUCUGUAUGCCGUUGUGAACAAUGCUGGCGUCAGUGACUGGGGCGAGACGGAGUGGAGUACGGCUGAGGACUUCCAGAAGAUGGCCGAUGUGAACCUGUUCGGCGCCAUCAGAGUCACCAUCCCAUUCCUGCCUCUUGUUAGAGCUUCUAAAGGUCGUAUGUUGUAUGUGUCCAGUAUCUUUGCUUUCUUCAACUGUCUGAACAUGGGAGCCUACAGCGUUUCCAAACGGGGACUGGAAGCUUUUGCGGAUUGCUUGAGAAUAGAGAUGGCUGGUUUUGGAGUUCAGGUCAGCAUCAUCCAACCUGGCAACUUCGGAGCGGCCACAAACAUUCUGCACAAGAAAACCCCCAAAGACAUAUGGGCUGAAUUUGAUGACGUGCGUAAACAAACGUUCAACCAGAAAUACAUAGAGGAAGCGUGUGAGUAUUUUUACUCCAUGUGUAAUUCAGGCUUUAAGGAUUGCAGCAUGGUAAUAAACGCCAUGCUGCACGCUCUCACCGCGGGAAAACCCAGACACCGGUACCUGCUGGUCUCCUGGACCGACCUGUUAUUCUUCCACCUGUGCCCUGCUCUGCCAUCCUUCAUCACCGAUUAUAUCUUUCAUUUCAGCUCCAUGUAUCACAAGCGCAAGGUAAUGCUUUACUCAGAGCAUGAGCUGAAUCACAACCAGAACAUCGCAGCUCAACAUACAUAGAAAUAUCAUAAUUCAUCUGUACAUUUCACUGCUGUACGCAAAGAAAGGUCACAUUUAGUCUCUAAUGUGGUAAACAAUACAGUUAUUACAGUAUUUAUUUAUGUUAUUUAAUGAAAAUGAAGUCGUUUAUUGUUAGUUAGUGCAUUAACUACUGUUAACAAGGACAAUUUUGCAUUAAAUUAUGAUUAAUAAAUGCUGUACAGGUAUUGUUCAUUAUUAGUUCAUGAUAGUAAAUAUGUUAAACACAAGAAACUUAUGAAACUUUAUUGUGAAGUGUUACUUAUAGAGCAGACUGAAACUGUUUUAUUAUUAUGAACAUGUGUCUACUUUUCUAUUUCUUUGUCUGAAUAAAAAAAAAUAGUCAACAAAUGAAGCUUAUAAAUAUCAAUAAAAUUGAAAUGGCAAUCGUUUUCAAUGGCGUUUAUACGUGUGCGGAUAUAUUGAGCUUGUUGUACAGGUUCAGAUCUUUAUUAAGGUGCAUAUUUUAUUUGCUUUGUGUUAAUUUUUUUUUAUAAUAUUUACACUGUAAAAAAUUAUAAGAUCAAUUAGUACUGUCAGCAAAUGUUUUUAGGUCAUUGUAGCUUAUUAAAAUAAGUUAAUCAUGUUCUAACGUAAUUUUAAGUAUGCAAGCUGUCAUAAGUCAGUUUAACAUUACAUAAGUUUAAUGGAGUCAAAGGGUUAAUUUUAUUCAGCUUAAACAUUUAAGGCAACCUGUUUUUUUUUUUUUGUUUGUUUGUUUUUUGUUUGAGUGUAUUCAUUUUAGUAUCUCCACUCACUUCCUAUGGGACAAAUGAUGGAGGUGGAUUUAAAGAGAAAAAUCAAGUUGUGUGUAAGACAUUGAGCAUAUUGUAGAAGGACCAUCAUUAAGGUAUAUGAUUGUAAGCGUUGUGUUGGAUUUAUUUAUUCUUGAUGGUCAAAUAAAUGAAAUGAUUUAAUU